AUGAACGUUUUCAAAUGUUUAAUAACGUUCAUAUAUAACGUCAUAAAAUCAUCAUUCAAUCAAAGACAUAUCCUCUCACUGCCGUUAAAUUUUAUACUAAAUUUCUUACCAGUUAUAAUAUGGUUAACCAUUUUUGAUCAUGCUGGUUUAAUACCUAUAAAUAUAAGACCUGCUAUUCAUAGUAAAAUCGCAUUUUGGUCUGAUCAAUACUUAUUCGGUGAUUGGUGGGGUGAACUUACUACACAAUAUGAUGGGAUUACCAAAUAUACCAAUAUUUCAUAUUUCACUUCUUCAUUGUUCGCUUCCAUCAUGUUAAUCAUCUUACCAUUAUCUAUUUGGUACCACAUUCAUUAUAGAAAAGGUAUAAAACAAAACUUAUUGGAAUGGUAUGACGAUAUUUUCCAUUUCAACAACAAGACAAACCCAAAAAGAUUAAGAAUUCUUUUGCUACCUUAUUUAACUCCAUUAAUAACUUUCAUCAUAUUGAAUAUAGAUCACAUAUUUGCAUAUCAAUCUGAAGAAAAUUUCACAAAGACAAAAGAUCUAAUAGCUUGGUUCUCAUAUGUUAUACUGCAUGUUACAGUUCCCAUUUUAACUGCUGUCUACCUUUACGUUUUCCAACCUGCUGGAACUUUGAAAUGUUUCAGUUUUGCGUUAGGUCUACAAAAUAUUGCAGGUGUUUUCACUCAUCUGUUAAUUCCAAUGGCAUCUCCAUGGUUCACUCAUUUAUAUGGUAUCAAUGAUACAGAACAUGUCAAUUAUACCCAAGAUGGUUUCGCUGCAGGAUUAAUUAGAGUGGAUACUCAUCUUGGGACACAUUUAAAUACAAAGGGCUUCCACAUGUCUCCUAUUGUCUUUGGUGCUGUUCCUUCAUUACAUUCUGCCAUUGCAUUCCAAUGUGCGUUGUUUUUAUUGACUAGAUCUACUUCUUUGAAACAUCGUUUCUUGAAGGAUAAUCAUCAACAGGUGAACUUAAAAGAUGAAAGUUAUGGGGAAGAUCUUGAAAUGGCUCCUCUGUCAUUACGUGGUCAAUCUCAAGAUAAUACUAAUGCUAUUAAUAACAAAACUAACUCGAAUUCGAACUCGAACUCUGAAGAUGAAGGUUGUUCUUCUUUAAGUUCGUCGGAAAAUAUCGUUGGAUCUUUAAAUAAUUCUGCUGAUGAUGAAGAGGAAGACGUUGAUGACUUGGAUAGUACUAAAAAUGAAGAGCGAGUUAUAACAUACACCCCAAAUCAGGACAACAACAACCAUGUAAGUCUAGAUUUUAUUCAUUAUUAUGAUGAAAACUUGGAAAUUACAAACAAAUGGUAUUUCAGAAUAUUUAAUAAAGGUUUAGUACCAAAAUCACUAAUUGGUUCGUUUGUUAUAUUGCAAUGGUGGGCAACAAUGUAUUUAGAUCAUCAUUAUAGAUUUGAUUUAUUCAUUGGUGUACUAUAUUCAUUAACGAGUUUCACUAUAAUAAAUUGGUUCAUCUUACAACCAGUAGUAUUGAAUGAUUUUAUUAAAAUUAGAUUGGGUCAAAUUGAAGAUACUAAGAAUGAAGGUAAAACGUUAGGAAUGAGAGUAUUUCAAGGUACUAAUUACGAAUGGUUUUUUUGA